AGAGAAAAAAUGAAAAGGAAAUCCUCUUUAGUGUGUGUGCGCGAACGAGAGCGAAAAGGGGAUUAGGGUUUCAACCAGUUCUUCAAUUUGAUGCAAAUUCGCAAGGGUUUAUAGUUCAAAUGAAUCAAAAAUUCGUCUUUAACGAUCUAUUUCUGUUCUAUUUCAGGAUGGCAGCGGAAUUUUGUAGAGAUGGAGUAGUGUCAUCACUCUGGUGUAAAUUGAAGAUGCUGGAAGUUCCAAUUGAUCCAGUUAUGGAGUCAAUAUCCUUGGGAUUUUGCAUGGCAAUGAGGCUGCUUACACAGAAAUUGAGUUCCUUGGAAGGAAUUGUUUUGUUGAAUGGCAUGAUGUAUAACUCAUCAAAUCUUCUUAAGUCACUUCAUGCAAGAGCUCGACUGAAGCUCUUUCUACUUUACAAGGGAACAAUGUUGUGCCUGAUCUUGUCCUGGCUGAAGUUCACCUGUCUGGUGUGAGUGGCUUAGAGCUGAUCUCACGGAUGAAGUUUGAUUUUGAACUUCCAGUAAUUUCAAUGUGCUUUGAUGGUAACCCAGUGAUCAUGUCUCAAGCUCUUAGCCAAGGAGCUUCUUUUCAUUUGACAAAGCCAUUGACUGAUGCGGGCCUUGAGACCAUAUGGCAACAUGUGUGGAAGAAGAAAGCCAAGGUGAUGAAUGUCAGAGCAAAUAUCAAUCGUCUUCCAGCUAAGAGAAAGAACAACAACAGUGAUAAUAAUGUUGGUACCAAUCUGGAAAAGCAAACUGGGCAAAAAAAGAAUCGCAUACUUUGGGAUUCUGAUCUCCAUCAGAGGUUCCUUGUUGCUGUCACAUUACUUGGAGAUAAUUGUGUUCCUCGAAGAAUACUUGAUCUGAUGAAUGUUGAUGGCCUGACUGUAAAGCAUGUCGGGAGUCACCUCCAGAAACAUAGAAAACGUGUUCAGCGAGCAGCACUUGUGGAUGACAUCUCUGAGCUGCCAACAGAAGUAACAGGACGCAUACCUACAACUUUAUUUAUGCGAAGGACUGCUUCCCCCGGCCAAUCAUUCUACAGGCCACAGAAUCUUGAUAUAAUCCCGAAUGUUGCUGCUGUGACAGAGAAUGAUGGUUCUUCUUUGGAGUCAUUGCCUUUGAUUGAGGCUGCUCAAAGGAACCUUGUGCAGAAAAUGCUGUAUGACCAACUCAAGCAAGCACAUGAUUUUGGAAUUGGAAGACGCAAAAAUAACCAUUGCCAUCCACCUUCAAAUUCUGGCGUUGUUCCUCUUCAAUCAGAUGUUCGAAACGAUGCAACACACCAACAAAAUGUUUUCCCAAUCAAUCAGGUGUACCAACAAAAUGUCUGCUUCUCGAAUAAUGGUAACAACGCCGAGCUGAACUGGGAACCAAGCCCCAAUCCUUCACUGCAAAACAACUAUAAUAGCACUUUACUGCAAAACCAAGACUACAGUGACAACAAUUUGUUCCUCAACCACACAGCUGAAAUGCAGAAUGUCUAUGGAUCGGCAAUCGGAUUUGGCUCAUAUCAAGUUCCACCUAACAUACCAAAAGAACCCUUCCCACUGCAAGCGCAAGAAUUGAACAUUACAGAAGAUGCUGGCAUGCUGCAAACCUUACUCAACUUACCAGAAUUUGCUCAAAACAAUAUUUUUGCAGGUGAGAGCUCCCGGAGAGUGAAUUGUCCUGUAGUUGAGUCUCCAAAUCCUGAUGCUAUUUACCAGAAUGAAGAGGUAGACUUUGCUCUCAAUAAUCACUCAAACAUUGAAGGUGCACUGGGAGUGCACAGUUUGAGGGAAGAUUAUGUCUCUGAUCUUCCUGCCAAUGUGAAUCCCGUUCAACAGCAAACUGCAGAGAACAUCAAUAAGAUUAUCGGAGCGAGCUCAUCAGCAGAGAAAGCAAUUGAUGAUUGUGUUUCAGGUUUUGAUCCGAGCAUCAGUGAGGACCUGUUCCAGCUGCUGAAUGAUCUCUAGCUUCAAAGUCAUUAACAAUGUUAUAGAAUAAAUAGCUAGCUUAUGUGUAGUUAGCAAUUAUGCAUAAACUAGUGCAUCUCCAAUGGAGAUGAUAGAAGCAUUUCCCUGUUCAUGUUUGCAGGUGUGACAUUGUGAAAAUUUAUUGCUAUGAUUUUAAUUCUACCUUGCUGAUUCUA